AUGUUUGCAAGUGAAAGUAUCAAUAAUGAAAGAGAAAAAGCCAAUUUAUUAUGUUUAAUUAAAUUAACAUUAAAUACAUUAAUUGAUCAAUCAUCAUCACCAACAGCUUUACCUGUACUUGAUGAUCGAAAUAAUGAUGUUACAAAUUUUAUUUUAACACUUGAACGUGUUCUUAAUUUUCGUAUGAGAGCAAAUUGGCUAUCAGAACGUCGAUGUUUUUGGGAUUUUAUUCGACCAGCAUGUAUUGGUUCAUCACGACAAACUAUUAUUGAACGUGUCGAAGAAGUAUCAAAGACAAAGAGUAUGAAAUAUAGGGGUCGAACAUGGAUUAAAUUUGCAUUAAUGGAAAAAAAACUUUCCGAAUUGUUAAAACUUGUUCUAUCCGAUUGUCAACUUGUUCGAAAAUUUUAUCAUGAGGAUUCAAUCAUGACAUCAUCACAAGCGUUUAUUUUAUGUGAUCAAUUAGCUGGUUUAAGUGCCAUUGAUUUUAGUUUUUGUUUUAAACAAGAUGAUUCAAUGAUUACUCCUUUAUUAUUCAAUGGUUCCGAAAUUGAUGUUAUUGAUUUAACACCAUAUUUAUAUUAUAAUUCAAAAAAUGUUAAUAAUAUGAAACAAUUACUUAAAGAUCAAAAUAAUGAUGAAGAAAAUAAACAACCAAUACCAACAUUAGCAGCUGUUAAUGAACUUAAACCAUUACAUUUAUCUGAACGUGAAAUGGUUCCAUUGGAUAAACAUAAACUUGAAGUUGAACAACGUAAAUAUUUUGAAGAACUUUUACGCCAUCGUGAUCGUGAAUUACAACAAUUAAAAGCUCGUUUUGAGACAUUAAAAACUGAACGUGAAAAUGAAGUUGUUUUAAUGGAAAAUAUAAUACUUGAACUUCAACUUGAAUUACGAGCAGCUCGAGAUGAAGCAGACUUUAAACGUAAAAAGUCUCAACAAACAGGAUCAAUAACACCAUCAAAAAGUCUUUUUAAUUUUGCUAAUCGAAAAACUAAUUCACCAACCACACCAACUAAUGAUCAAAAUCAAGAUGAUGAUACACAAAUGCGUCCAAUUGAUGCUAUGCUUAUAACAGAUAGAAAUGAAACAUCAAAUUUGAUUAUGGAAAAUGUAAAUCAAACAAAAAAUUCUAAUGAUAUAAUUAGUCAAUCUUCUCGUCGUUCAAGUCAAUCAACAACAACAAAUACAGAUGAUGAUCAAUAUGAAGUUGUAAAUCAAUUAUCAUCAAAUAAUAAUCAAAUAUCAACUGAAAUAAAACCAACAUCAAGUCCUGAAAUGGUUUCAUCAGCAACAUCACUUUCAACUCCACCAUCAUCACCAUCAUCAUCAUCUUCAAGUGAUGAAGAAGAAACUCCUCAAAAACAAACAGUAUUAAAUAUUGAAAAUUCAAAUCCACCAAUUAUUCAAGAAUCUGGUCGAUUUGAACCUGUUGAAAUAACAGCUGAACAAGCAACAUUAUUAGAAGAAGCCAGUAAAACGGAUUGA